GAACGCUUUGAUUGUCAAUCGGAAUUGAAUUGAUUUGAAAAUAAAUUGCGGCGGCUCGGCAACAGCUACAAUCAGCCUAAAAGGAGACUAUUAACACACACACACACACAUACAUAUAUACGCAUAUGUGUGUAUAUGUAUAUGCAAACAAAUAGAAAUAAAGACGGUUUAUAUAGGCACUUAAAGCGGUUGUUGCUUUCCUCGACUAAUUUAUAAUUGUUUCUUGUUGUUGUUGCCCGACGAUUGUCUAAGGUAAACGCUCGCAUGGCGAACGACAGCGCAGCCGCCGACGUUGACGUCGGCGCCAAUCUGAAGCCAAAAGUUAAUGGCUUAAUAGGCGGCGGCGAUGCAACUGCAACAACAAUAACAACGACAACAACAACAACUGCAGCAGAGGCAGAGGCAGAGGAACUACUGCAGGACGGACUGAGCUGCACUGAACUAUUUAAAAAUGGUGAAGGUCUCACCUACAAUGAUUUUCUCAUAUUACCGGGCUACAUAGACUUUGCCGCCGAGUCGGUCGAUCUCAGCUCCCCACUGACGAAGGGCAUCACGCUCUGUGCCCCAUUAGUUAGCUCCCCCAUGGACACGGUAACCGAAUCUGAUAUGGCUAUAGCCAUGGCGCUGUGUGGUGGCAUUGGAAUCAUCCAUCACAACUGCACGCCGGAGUACCAAGCGUUGGAGGUGCACAAGGUUAAGAAAUACAAACAUGGCUUUAUGCGCGAUCCGUCGGUGAUGUCGCCGACCAAUACCGUUGGCGAUGUGCUCGAGGCCCGUCGCAAGAAUGGCUUCACCGGCUACCCCGUCACCGAGAACGGCAAGCUGGGCGGCAAGCUGCUGGGCAUGGUCACGUCGCGAGACAUCGACUUCCGUGAACAACAGCCGGACGUACUGCUGGCGGACAUUAUGACCACACAGCUGAUAACCGCACCCAACGGCAUCACCCUGCCGAUGGCGAACGCCAUUCUGGAGAAGAGCAAAAAGGGCAAGCUGCCCAUUGUGAAUCAGGCCGGCGAACUGGUCGCCAUGAUAGCGCGCACCGAUCUGAAGAAGGCUCGAUCGUAUCCGAAUGCCUCCAAGGAUUCCAACAAGCAGCUGCUGGUGGGCGCUGCCAUUGGCACCCGGCCGGAGGACAAGGCCCGGCUGCAUCUGCUCGUCGCGAACGGUGUCGAUGUCAUCGUGCUGGACUCAUCCCAGGGCAAUUCCAUUUACCAAGUCGAGAUGAUCAAGUUCAUCAAGGAGACCUAUCCCGAUCUUCAGGUCAUUGGCGGCAACGGUAAUUACAUUUCCCAC